AUGUCCGUGUCUCAGGUGAGUCCGGGUCUCUUCUUGUCGGGUUUGGACUCUGCUCUGAACGUCGCAGUUUUAACCCAAAGAAAAAUCAAACUGAUCGUCAACGUGAGCGGAGUCUCAGGAGUCAAGUACCCACAGGUCCCGGGCCUGGAGGUGGUCGAGGUCCCGGUCCAGGACUGGCCUCACGCUGAUCUGGGUCAGUACUUUGACCCGGUGUCAGAAAAGAUCCACCAGAACCUGAACCAGAACCACAACUGUCUGGUCCACUGCACAGCAGGAAGAAGCAGGUCCCCCGCUCUGGUCCUCGCCUUCCUCAUCAGGUUCUCUGGUUUGUCUCUGGCUCAGUCUCACAGUUUGGUUCUGGAGACUCGUCCUUUUAUUCGGAUCAACGCUGGGUUUUGGAGACAGCUCAUGGACUACGAGCUCCGGGUCCAGAACCGGUCCACGAUCCGAAUGGUCCAGACCGAGUCCGGAGUCCUGCCCCACAUUCAAGACCAGGACCAGGGGGAGGGCAUCUGCAUCAACGGAUAGAUCCUGUUUUUAGACCCAUGUUAC